GUGAGGGACGGCCGCUGGGAGGGUAAUCGGGGGGGAGGGCGACGUUUGACAGGGAAUCCGCUCUCCUCCCUCUCCCGUCACUCAGUCGCCUGGGUUGAGCCGAGGACUACAUCGGCCGCUGGAUUAUGUCGCUUGACCUCUGAUGCGCCGGCCGCUCUGGGGGUUUAUGAUAUUGACUGGGAUAAAGAUUGAAGCUGAACAGAAGAACAAGACGUCUGACAUCCGAGGAGGAGAAAGAAAAAAAGGGGAUUCAAGUCUUUCCUGUGUGAGUCAGCGCACACGUGUCCCGUCGGCCGCGUGACCGAGUGGGGAGAGGCGGGGAUCUUUGGUGGCGGACCUUGGCGUCGUACGCUGAUGAUGGAGAGGAGGAGGAUGGGCGAGACAGACUUGCCGCUGCUCCCGCUGGUGGUGGCGGCGGCGGUGUUGCUGGGACAUCUCGCCGCAGCGCUGGAGGUUCCGCUCGAUCUUCUGGAAAGAUUGCCGCAGCCCCCAACUAUUACUCUCCAGUCCCCCAAGGAUUACAUCAUCGACCCGCGGGAGAACAUUGUCAUCCAUUGUGAGGCCAAAGGGAAGCCUCAUCCCAGUUUCUCCUGGACGAGAAACGGGACUCACUUUGACCUGGAUCAGCACUCCAACGUGCACAUGAGGGCCCACUCGGGGACACUGGUGGUGGACAUCAGCAGGGAGCGGGCGGAACAUUACGAAGGCGCCUACCAGUGCACGGCUAGGAACAAACACGGGACGGCCGUCUCUAACGACAUCGUGGUGCGGCAGCCCAGGUCGCCCUUGUGGUCCAAAGAGAAGAUCAAGCCGAUCGUCAUUCAGGAGGGCGUGUCCUUGGUGUUGCCAUGCCGACCGCCCGCCGGCUUUCCUCCCCCAAUUGUUUUCUGGAUGGACAACAACUUCCAGAGGUUGCCCCAAAGCAACAGGGUGUCGCAAUCUUUAAACGGAGACCUUUACUUCUCCAACGUGCUGCGCGAGGACUCCAGGAACGACUACAUCUGCUACGCCCGCUUCCCGCACACGCAGACCAUCCAGCAGAAGCAGCCCAUCACCGUCAAGGUCCUCAACCUGGACGCGAUCAAUGACACAAUGGAAGCUUUUUACAAUGACACUGAUUUGUUUAGUGAAGAGCCAGCGGAUGAGCGGAAGCCCACGUUCCUCCUCCCGUUGGAAGCAACCAGCUCCAAAAUGGUGCUACGUGGUCAGGUGCUGGAGAUGGAAUGCUUUGCGGAAGGACUUCCCACUCCUGAAAUCUCCUGGGCCAAAGUGAGCGGCGAACUCCCGGGAGCACGCGUCUCAUUCCUGCAUCACCAGAAAGUCUUGCGUAUCGUCAACGUGUCGGAGGCCGACGCGGGCGACUACCGGUGCACCGCAAGGAACCAGCUGGGCUCCGUCCACCACACCAUUCGGAUCACCGUCAAAGCCGCUCCAUACUGGAUCAGCGGCGCUCCCAGAAAUCUCGUCCUGGCCCCGGGAGAGAACGGGGUGCUCAUGUGCAGAGCCAGUGGCACACCCAAGCCCAACAUCCAAUGGGCCAUGAAUGGCGUUCCCAUAGAGAAUGCCCCGAAGGACCCCAGCCGGAAAGUGGAGGACGACACCAUCAUAUUCACCGAUGUGCAGAUGGGCUCCAGCGCCGUGUACCAGUGCAACGUCUCCAACCAACACGGCUACCUCUUGGCCAACGCCUUCGUUAACGUCUUGUCCGAGCCGCCCAGAGUGCUGACGCCGGCCAACGCGGUCUACCAGGUCAUCAAGAAUCACCGAGCCCUGCUGGAGUGCACUUCCUUCGGCUCGCCCAUCCCCAAAAUUACCUGGUUCAAGGAGAGUCGUUCCGGCACGCUAGACGCCGAGACUUACGAGGAGCACGACAACGGCACUUUGGAGAUCCGUGUGGCUCAGCCGAGGAAUAGCGGAAAGUACACCUGCGUGGCCCGCAAUUCUCUCGGUAUCUACGAGAAUCACGUGUACCUGGAAGUCAAAGAACCGACCCGGAUCCUGAAGCAGCCCGAGUACCGAAUGGUGCAGCGUGGCAAGUCGGUUGUGUUCGAGUGCAAAGUGAAGCACGACCCCUCCCUCGUGCCCACCAUGACGUGGCUCAAGGAUGACGGGGAGCUCCCUGAUGACGAGAGCAGAUUUGUGGUGGACGCCGACAGCCUGACCAUCGCCGACGUGAUGGAAAGCGACGCCGGCGUGUACACGUGCAUCAUGAACACAACGCUGGACCACGAUUCGGCCAGCGCCGAGCUCACCGUUGUCGAAGCCACACCGACACCGUCUGUUGUCAAUGAGCGGCCGGAACCACCGAGCGACCUGGAGCUGACGGACCACAAAAAGAGAAGUGUUCAACUCACCUGGAUUCCUGGCGACGAGCACAACAGUCCUAUUGAGAAAUUUUUGAUCCAGUAUGAAGACUCUCUCCACCACCGCAGAGGACACUGGCACAACCUUACCGAGGUUCCCGGGAGCAAGACCACAGCUCACCUGAAGCUGUCGCCCUACGUUCAUUACACCUUCAGAGUCCUUGCUGUCAAUUCCAUGGGUGUCAGCCGACCCAGUUUCCCCUCCAAGAUGUAUAAAACCGACCCCUCAGCUCCAGAUGAGAAUCCGACAGAUGUGCAUGGAUUUGGGACUGAACAUGACAAUCUUGUCAUCUCAUGGAAGCCAUUGUCAGGCCUCCAGGCCAACGGGCCAGGGCUCCAUUACAGAGUGAUGUGGAGACAAAAGAUGAUGGAAACCGACUGGAUCACGGCAACCGUAGCCAACAACUCCAAGUUUGUCGUGUCCGGAACGCCCACGUUUGUUCCGUAUGAGCUCAAAGUUCAAGCCGUGAAUGACUUCGGCGCAGCGCCUGAGCCCGCCGUUGCCUUAGGUCUUUCUGGAGAGGAUCUUCCGAUUGCAGCUCCAGCAUCCGUGCAGGCGUACGUGCUAAACAGCACCCUGGCGGAAAUCCACUGGGAUCCCGUGUCUCCAAAACUAAUCCGCGGAUACCUCAAAGGCUACAUGGUGUAUUAUUGGCGAGAGCGCAGUCUGCACAAACACAACCCCCAUCACACGGAGAAGCAGAUCUUGACCUUCAGCGGCAACCACAGCAAAGGAAAGCUGCCUGGCCUGCACCCCUUCAGUGUGUAUUCGUUUAACGUCAGGGUCUAUAACGGCAAAGGAGAAGGUCCCCCGAGUCACAACCAGCAGUUUGAGACCCCCGAGGGAGUGCCCGGAGCGCCGACGUCCCUGAUGGUCACCAACUCCAAUUUGGACUCUUUAAGCCUUGAGUGGAAGCCUCCUCGGGACCGGAAUGGACUCCUGACAGGUUACACCCUCAAAUAUCAUCCGGUCAAUAACUCCAAUGAGCUGGGCCCAGAGGAGGAGCUGGCCCUGGCCGCCAAUGAGACCUCGGUCACUUUGCCCGACCUCAAGUACAGCACGCGCUACAAGUUUUAUUUGAAUGCCAAAACGCGCGAGGGGCCCGGCCCGGUUGUUACGCAGGAGGCCAUCACCAUCGUGGAUGAAGCGCCGGCGGCCAGUCCUUUUGGCAGCGUUAACUCCUCCAGGGGAGAGGACGGCACCCUGAUCAGUUGGGAGUACUGGGGCCCGGACAGAAACAUUUAUUUAGAAUACAUAGUGGAGAACAGUGAAGCCGAAGACGAGUGGCGCAAAGAGCCGGUGAACGGCUCUCAGAACUUUAUGCUCAAGGGCCUGAAGGAGGGCCUCUCCUAUAGGGUGCGCUUGGUGGCCCAAGGUCACGCCGACCAAGAGCCCCAUCGCUCCAAGGAGCUCACGGUGACGGUGCCAGCUGUGGCGAGCAGACAGGUGGACAUCGCCACGCAGGGUUGGUUCAUCGGCCUCAUGUGUGCCAUCGCCCUCCUCAUCCUCAUCCUCCUCAUCAUUUGCUUCAUCCAGAGGAACAAAGGAGGCAAAUAUCCAGUCAAAGAGAAGGAGGACGCUCACACAGACCCGGAGUUCCAGCCCAUGAAAGACGAAGACUGCACUUUUGGGGAAUACAGUGACAAUGAGGACCAUAAACCGUUAAAAGGGAGCCGCACGCCAUCGAGCGGGACGGUUAAGCGGGACGACAGUGAUGACAGUUUAGUAGACUACGGGGAAGGAGGCGACGGCCAGUUCAACGAGGACGGCUCGUUUAUCGGCCAGUAUAGCGGAAAGAGCGCCAGCCGGGACACCACCACCGGCGCCGAGGGCCUCGAAAGCUCUGAGGCGCCGUCCCCGAUUAAUGCCAUGAACUCCUUGAACUCCUUCGUGUAGCCUCACCAGCCAACAAAAAGGACAUGUAUGCGGCAUUGCGUAACCUUCACUGAGACGCUUUUAGGAAGGCGAUAACCGAAGGCCUUUACCAUUAACAUCCCCUCUUUGGACUAAAUAGACAUUUUCACCAGUAUGGUUUGGUUUCCAGUCUCUCCUUUUGGAAGUGGCUACCAUUUCUACCAACAGUUUUGUUUUUUCUGUUUGUAAGUUGCAAAAUUGCUAGCUUGCUAUCAGAUUCGUUAGCACACAAACUAGCUAUCUGUACGUAGCAAAACAUAACACCAUUUUCCAGAAAACUGUAAUGGUAUUUUAGCAUUGCAACUGUUUGGCUAGCUAAAUGCUAGCCAGCAUACAAAACUUUGUACACAUUUUUGCUACCUCCAUGGUGUGCAAAAGGCACAAGGGAAGAGUUUUGGGGUUCGUUUGUUAGCUCGCUAGCCUACUUUUCAUUCAGUUAGCGAAAAUACUUUGCGGUGCUCAGGGAUGGCGGCGCCAAUGGAACAGUACCCCACCAAAAUCAUAAUGGUACUGUCCAUCCGUCAUCUUCCAUAAACCAGGAAGCAGGUUGCCACC